AUGGGAGAUGAGUCUUUCCGAGGUGCACAUCAAGCGCAGAAGAAGCAACUGGCAGGUGGGGAUCUGACCCUUGCUUGUGGCCAUAACUGUUUUUCAACACCCAAUGAAGAGGAGGAUUCGGCAAUUAAAUCAGAAGUGGAGGACUGCAAUGAAACCCCUUCCACAGAAGAGGACCUGGAGCCGUCUGAGUAUACCAAGGAUUUGGUCCUGAAGCAGUCUAUGCCGAAGAAGAGCAUCACUCAGAUCAUCAAGGACAAGAAGAAACAGAUGCAGCUGACUUUGCAGUGGCUUGAGGAAAACUACAUUGUUUGCGAGGGGGUGUGCUUGCCGCGAUGCAUCCUCUACGCACAUUACUUAGACUUUUGUAGGAAGGAGAAACUGGAACCAGCGUGCGCUGCAACAUUUGGGAAGACGAUUCGACAGAAGUUUCCUCUGUUAACAACCCGGAGACUUGGCACCAGAGGCCAUUCAAAGUAUCACUACUACGGCAUCGGCAUCAAAGAGAGCAGUGCAUAUUACCACUCGGUUUACUCAGGAAAAGGCCUGACAAGAUUUUCCGGGAGCAAACUGAAGAACGAGGGAGGCUUCACACGAAAGUAUUCGCUCAGCUCAAAGACAGGAACCUUGUUGCCAGAAUUUCCAAGCGCCCAGCAUCUCCUACUUCAGGAUUCAGUCUCCAAAGAAAAGGUGGACACCCUAAUCAUGAUGUACAAAACACACUGCCAGUGCAUUCUGGACAACGCCAUCAACAGCAAUUUUGAAGAGAUUCAGAACUUUCUACUGCACUUCUGGCAGGGGAUGCCCGACCACCUGUUACCCCUCUUAGAGGACUCUGUCAUCGUUGACAUCUUCUGUGUAUGCGACUCCAUACUGUACAAGGUCUUGACCGAUGUUUUAAUUCCUGCCACAAUGCAAGAAAUGCCCGAAAGUCUCCUCGCAGACAUUCGGAACUUCGCCAAGCACUGGGAGCACUGGAUGGUCACCUCUCUAGAGAAUCUCCCAGAAUGCCUCUCUGAGAAGAAGCUGCCUAUCGCCCGCCGAUUUGUGUCCUCCUUAAAGCGACAGACUUCUUUCCUACACCUCGCCCAGAUUGCCAGACCUGCUCUAUUCGACCAAAACGUGGUGAACUCCAUGGUGGGUGACAUCGACAAGGUAGACCUCAACAGCAUCAGCUCCCAGGCCCUACUCACCAUCUCUAGCAGCGGAGACCAGGACACGGAUCUCUACUCCGAAUACGACUCUAUUGCAGUGUUUCAAGAACUGAAGGACCUCCUGAAGAAGAAUGCAACUGUAGAGUCCUUCAUUGAGUGGUUGGACACUGUCGUGGAACAGAAGGUCAUCAAGCCAAGCAAGCAGAAUGGCCGGUCGCUGAAGAAGAGGGCACAGGAUUUCCUUCUCAAGUGGAGUUUUUUCGGUGCACGGGUCAUGCACAACCUCACCUUGAACAACGCUACCAGUUUUGGUUCGUUCCACUUGGUCCGAAUGCUUCUCGAUGAGUAUAUCCUGCUGGCUAUUGAGACACAGUUCAACAACGACAAGGAACAAGACCUGCAAAACAUUUUAGAUAAAUACAUGAGAAAUGCAGAUGCUAGCAAGGCGGCCUUCACUGCCUCCCCCAGUUCCUGCUUCCUCGCCAACCGCAGUAAACCCAACUCCGCGCCCAACGACUCUUCGCUGAAGAACGAGUCGCUCCCAGAACACGCCUACCUGUCUCUCGCGGCCAAUCAGAGCGAGCUGGAUGCAAACAUGGCAGCCUAUCAGGAGGCGGAGUCGGAAGGCCUUCCUCUGACAGGCCAAAUGGACUUCUCCCAGAACAGCGUUCCGCUGAUGACACCCCCCAUCUCUCCGGCGAUGGCGAGCAGAGACAGCGUGAUCAACCAGGGCCCCAUGGCUGUCCGACCUCAGGCUGGCUGCGCUGCCCUCCAGCCGCACACCGCCUGCCAGGCCUUCUCCGACAUCAUGUACCAGAACCUGCCCCACAGCAGCCCCGGCGUCUACCCAAGCAACCCCGGCUACCAGGCGUUGUUCAGGCCUCAGUCGCUAGCCCCGCCUGCAGCCUACCAGCCGCGGGCGGAAGGCAGCCGCUACCCCUCGUUCGGCGACCAGCCGGAGCAGCAGCUGCCGAAGGACUUCUUCAGCAGCAGCUGCGCCGUGACACCCUACCACUCCCGGCCCGUGGCAAAUUUUGGCGGCGCACCGGACCCUGCGGCGGAGGCACAGGGCAUGCAGCUACUGGACCCUGGAGGAUACAGCUUUGUGGGGGGUGGCCUGAAUGGAGGCGGGGCUUGUCACCAGGGUUCGGCCUACUCGGUGGCAGGACACAGCGGGUACUAUGGAAACAGCAGUUUCGGUGAUUCCCAGAGGCUCAGCUCUGUGAUCGACCAGCACGUGUCAGUGAUCAGCAGCGUGAGCGCGAUCCGGCCGAUCCCCGCCUACAGCGACGUUCACGACCCGCUCAACAUCCUGGAUGACACAGCCAGGAAACCGGGAGGCUCGUACUACUCUGACCCUCAGGCACUCGUGUCCCGGACCCCAGGAUCCUCUGUGGCUGCUACGACCCCUUCCUCUGCCUCCACCCCCUGCAUGUACGGAUCCGCUCCCCAGUUCCCCUCCCAGGACACGCUGCUUCCUCACCGGUCCCACGUGGAUGUCCGAGACAUGGUUUCAUCGCUGCCACCCAUCAACACUGUGUUCAUGGGGUCUGCGGGAGGUGGUCCCUGAUGCUGCCCCCACUGCCCACCCCUUUAGCUCCAGCUGAAGCAGAACCACUGGCCUCACAUUUAAACAC